GGCGCGGCGCGGGGAGGCCCGAGCGGGCCGCCAUGUUGUCGGAGUGAGAGGCAGGCGGAGAGGCCCGGGGGAGGGGGGCCCGUUGUAUCCGUCGCCAUCGUGCCGCCCCGCCCGUAUUGGUGGAAUGAGCGUUGCGUGUGUUUUGAAGAGAAAAGCAGUGCUCUGGCAGGACUCCUUCAGCCCUCACCUGAAACACCAUAGUCAAGAAGCAACUAAUCCCAACAUGCCUGUUGUUUUGACAUCUGGAACAGGGUCCCAGGCUCAGCAACAGCCAGCUGCAAAUCAAGUCCUUGCAGCAGGGACCCACUCUAGCCCUGUUCCUGGAUCCAUAGGGGUUGCAGGCCGCUCCCAGGAUGACGCAAUGGUGGAUUACUUCUUUCAGAGGCAGCAUGGUGAGCAGCUUGGGGGAGGCGGAAGUGGUGGAGGCAGCUAUAAUAACAGCAAGCAUCGGUGGCCUACCGGGGAUAACAUUCACGCUGAACAUCAGGUCCGAUCUAUGGAUGAAUUAAAUCACGAUUUUCAAGCACUUGCUCUGGAAGGAAGGGCUAUGGGAGAACAGCUGUUACCAGGGAAGAAAUUUUGGGAGUCGGAUGAUUCAACCAAAGAUGGACCAAAAGGAAUAUUUUUGGGUGAUCAGUGGAGAGACAGUGCGUGGGGCACAUCAGAUCAUUCUGUUUCCCAACCAAUCAUGGUUCAGAGAAGACCCGGCCAAGGUUUCCAUGUGAAUAGUGAGGUUAACUCAGUGCUGUCACCACGAUCAGAAAGUGGUGGACUUGGAGUUAGCAUGGUGGAGUAUGUGUUGAGCUCAUCCCCUGGGGAUUCAUGUCUCAGAAAAGGAGGAUUUGGGCCAAGGGAUACAGAAAAUGAUGACAGUGAUAAAGGUGACAAGAAAAAUAAGGGCACUUUUGAUGGUGAUAAAUUAGGUGAUUUGAAAGAAGAAGUAGACGUGAUGGACAAGGCCAAUGGCUUACCUGUACAGAAUGGCAUUGAUGCUGAUGCAAAAGAUUUUAGCCGGACUCCUGGCAAUUGCCCAAACUCUGCAAACGAUGUGGAUCUUUUAGGGCCAAACCAGAAUGGAUCUGAGGGCUUAGCACAGCUAGCAAGUACUAAUGGUGCAAAGCCUGUGGAAGAUUUCUCAAACAUCGAGUCCCAGAGUGUUCCACUGGAUCCCAUGGAACAUGUUGGAAUGGAGCCACUUCAGUUUGAUUAUUCUGGCACUCAGGUACCUGUGGACUCAGCUGCAGCAACUGUGGGCCUAUUUGACUACAAUUCGCAACAACAGUUGUUCCAAAGACCGAAUGCUCUUGCUGUUCAGCAGCUGACAGCAGCCCAGCAACAGCAAUACGCAUUGGCAGCUGCUCAUCAGCCACACAUAGGUAUGUUUUCAGCAGGUUUAGCUCCUGCUGCCUUUGUGCCCAAUCCAUACAUCAUCAGCGCUGCUCCACCAGGAACGGACCCCUAUGCAGCAGGGCUUGCGGCGGCUGCAACAUUAGGGCCUGCGGUUGUCCCCCAUCAGUACUAUGGAGUGGCUCCCUGGGGAGUUUAUCCUGCCAGUCUCUUUCAGCAGCAAGCUGCUGCCGCCGCCGCCGCCUCUAAUUCCUCCAAUCAGCAGACCAGUCAACAGACUCAGCAAGGACAGCAACAGGUUCUCCGUGGAGGAGCCAAUCAGCGUCCUUUGACACCAAAUCAAAGCCAACAGGGCCAGCAAACAGAUCCGUUGGUGGCUGCAGCAGCAGUAAAUUCAGCUCUUGCUUUUGGACAAGGGCUGGCAGCUGGGAUGCCAGGUUAUCCCGUACUGGCGCCGGCAGCAUACUAUGACCAAACAGGUGCUCUUGUGGUGAAUACAGGGGCCCGGAAUGGCUUAGGAGCCCCAGUGCGACUGGUAGCCCCUGCUCCUGUCAUCAUCAGUUCCUCAGCAGCACAAGCAGCAGUGGCAGCUGCUGCUGCUUCAGCAAAUGGAGCUGCUGGUGGUCUUGCAGGAACAACUAACGGUCCAUUCCGCGCCCUGGGAACUCAGCAGCCACAACCCCAGCAGCAGCCAACCAGCAACUUGGCUUCCAGCUCCUUCUACGGCAACAACUCUCUAACUAACAGUUCCCAGAGCAGUUCACUCUUUUCUCAGGGCUCUGCCCAGCCUGCCAAUACUUCCCUUGGCUUUGGGAGCAGCAGUUCCCUUGGUGCUACCCUGGGGUCUGCACUGGGAGGCUUUGGAACAGCAGUUGCAAACUCUAACACAGGCAGUGGCUCUCGCCGAGACUCCCUUACAAGCAAUAGUGACCUGUAUAAGAGGACAUCGAGCAAUUUGACUCCUAUUGGACACAGUUUUUACAAUGGCCUUGGGUUUUCAUCUUCUCCGGGGCCUGUUGGCAUGCCUUUGCCUAGUCAGGGACCUGGCCAUUCUCAGACUCCACCACCAUCCUUGUCUUCACAUGGAUCAUCUUCGAGCUUAAAUCUUGGAGGUCUCACCAAUGGAAGUGGGCGCUAUAUCUCUGCUGCUCCUGGAGCGGAAGCCAAGUACCGGAGCGCAAGCAGUGCCUCCAGUCUCUUUAGCCCCAGCAGUACGUUGUUUCCUUCCUCGCGCUUACGUUAUGGCAUGUCUGAUGUCAUGCCCUCUGGUCGCAGCAGGCUGCUUGAGGACUUUCGGAAUAACCGGUAUCCAAACUUACAGCUCAGAGAAAUUGCUGGGCAUAUCAUGGAGUUUUCCCAGGACCAACAUGGAUCUAGGUUUAUCCAACUUAAACUGGAACGCGCCACCCCAGCUGAACGGCAGCUUGUCUUUAAUGAAAUCCUGCAGGCAGCUUAUCAGCUGAUGGUUGAUGUAUUCGGAAACUAUGUCAUCCAGAAGUUUUUUGAGUUUGGUAGCCUGGAACAAAAACUGGCCUUGGCAGAACGUAUUCGUGGCCAUGUCCUAUCCUUGGCUUUGCAAAUGUAUGGCUGUAGAGUUAUACAGAAGGCCCUUGAGUUUAUCCCUCCAGACCAGCAGGUAAUUAAUGAGAUGGUCCGAGAACUGGAUGGCCAUGUGCUGAAGUGUGUAAAAGACCAGAAUGGGAACCAUGUUGUGCAGAAGUGCAUUGAAUGUGUGCAGCCCCAAUCAUUGCAGUUUAUCAUCGAUGCAUUUAAAGGGCAGGUGUUUGCCUUGUCGACUCAUCCCUACGGCUGCCGUGUCAUUCAGAGGAUCCUGGAGCAUUGUCUUCCUGAGCAAACUCUACCUAUCCUGGAAGAGCUUCACCAACACACAGAACAGCUUGUGCAGGAUCAGUACGGGAACUAUGUUAUCCAACAUGUACUUGAGCAUGGGCGGCCUGAAGACAAAAGCAAGAUUGUGGCAGAAAUUAGAGGCAAUGUGCUUGUACUAAGUCAGCAUAAAUUUGCCAGCAAUGUUGUGGAGAAAUGUGUUACACACGCUUCCCGCACUGAGCGUGCCAUGCUAAUUGAUGAGGUCUGUACUAUGAACGAUGGCCCUCACAGUGCCUUAUACACCAUGAUGAAAGACCAGUAUGCCAACUAUGUGGUACAGAAAAUGAUUGAUGUCGCAGAGCCAGCGCAAAGAAAGAUCGUCAUGCAUAAAAUCCGGCCACAUAUUGCCACUCUCCGCAAAUACACUUAUGGAAAACACAUCUUAGCCAAGCUAGAGAAGUAUUACAUGAAAAACGGGGUUGAUCUUGGGCCCAUCUGUGGACCACCAAAUGGUAUCAUUUGAAGCCAUGAGCGACAUACAGAAAGGAAUAGCCCGUGACCACCUGGAAUUUACAACCAGCAACCAGUCAUCUUCUGCUAUACAUUUUGAAAACAUUUAUGGUUGCGCAAUGUCGUAGACCUGGAACUCCAAAAAGAGAAAGGAAGUCAAAAAGACCAUUUGUAAAGUUCUUUAAUUUUAUUCAGCAUAACAUGUACUAAUUAUUUUUAAAUCCUUUAUGACCCUGCUGUUUCGGUGGUGUAUAGAAUUCUUGUACAUAGGCAAGAGAUGUACAUGGAAAGCCACAUUUUGUCCACUGGUGUAACUAUUUCAAAUACAGGAACUUUCAAGGUGGCUUAUUGGAGAGUUUUAAAAACAAACCCAUCUUAAUUCCUCUCCCUUCAAAGAGGAGGAGAGCUUUUUGGAACACUCGUUGGGUUCUCUUUUAGCCAGAACUCUAAAGAGACGCUUAAAAUUUUAGUUAAAUUGCACAAAUCUGCAUUGAACACUGUUUAUAAACUUUUAAAAAAUCAAUUUGCUAAAUCUUCAAUUAAAAACCAGUUUUUAAGUUUCAGAAACUUUUACAAUUCCUUUUUCCUUGUAUACUGUGUGAAAGAAUUGAGUGUGGCAGUCCUCGAGAGAGAGAGAGAGAGAGAAAGAGAGAGACCCUGCUGCUGCACACCCACCAGGAAGUUUUAGAGCAGUUGGGAGGCAGGCAGGCGGGGAGGUGUCUGUGCGGUUCCUGCCUGCUCCAGUUCUGUCCACAAGGACAAGGCCUUUUUAAUUCUUAUUAUUAUUUAGCAUGUAGAGAGAGAGAAAUCCAAUUUAACUUUGGUCUUGCUUCUAUAAAUAUAUAGUGUAUACUUGGUGUAGACUUUGCAUAUAUAAAAAUUUGUAGUAUUAUUCUCUUGUUUUGAUGUUUAAUCUGUAUCUAUAAUGUACCCUAGUAGUGGAACAUACUUUUGAUUGUACAAUUGUACAUUUGUAAACCUCUGUAAUGUAAAUGUGGAAAAGUUUGAAUCAGCAUAAACCCAUUUUGGUAAGGAAAUAAAUUAGCCAACCCUGUGCAUUUCAGUGUAUAUUCACCCCUUUUAUGGUCGUAGUGUUGUAUAUUGUAAAUUGUAAUUUCAACCAGAAGUAAUUUUUUUCCUUUGGAAAGAACUGUUCUCUUUAUACAGCCUGAUUGAUGUUUCAAAGAAUGCUUGUUUUUUAAUUUGUCACCUCAUCGAGAGUAGCCAUCCUUUCUAAGUGUUCUACACCAAUUAUUCAGUUUCGAGAGUAGUGUUUUAUUUGACUCUUUAAAAAAAGUAAUGUUUUACUUACUUUGUGGCCGUUAAAAAAAAAAGUCCAGCUCCUCCUCUCCCCCCCCCCCUUUCCUGGUUAGUACGAUUCCUUUGCGAUCUGAGUCCCCCUUACACCUUGUAAAGUGUGAAUCACUUUGCCUUUUUGUACAGAAGAAAAACUGUAUUUUGCAUUUUGUCUACUUGUAAGUGAAUGUAACAUACUGUCAAUUUUCCUUGUUUGAAUAUAGAAUUGUAACACGACACGGUGUACAUUUACAGAGCCUUGUGUAUAUUUCCAAUGAACCUUUUUGCAAGCACACUUGUAACCAUAUGUGUAUAAUUAACAAACCUGUGUAUGCUUAUGCCUGGGCAACUAUUUUUUGUAACUCUUGUGUAGAUUGUCUCUAAACAAUGUGUGAUCUUUAUUUUGAAAAUACAGAACUUUGGAAUCUG